AUGGUCGCCGCAUCCAAGAUGUCGGCUGCGGCCGGUGUUCCCGUUCCGGUUGAAUACGAGCCUGCUCAUCUUGAGAUGUUGCUUUUCCGCUACAUCGAAACCCUUGAGAUUCACCAUGCCUCCAGGGUGCUCUCGCGCUGGCCUCCUACCUCGCCUCCGGGAGAGUACGCUGCCCAGGUCCUCAGGGAGCUUCCGAGCAACUACUUUCAGCAGCCUCGCCUCCUGCCAACUGGUCCGCGAUUUGUUUUUACUGCCAAUGGCCUGUCUUUGUGCCGCGUUGAUAAGGCUCUUCCCAUGCAAAUCCUUCACCGCGAGUCCACCACUGGCUUUGUCGGUCGGGAGCUGGCUGCGACUCCUGUCUUGCCUGCCCCAGUGGCUCAACGUCGCUUGCGUCCCCUGAACAGCUUCAUGAUUUUCCGAAGCUUUUGUUCACCUCUGUUUCCCAACAUCCCGCAGAAGAUCAAGUCCAUUGUCAUCAGCCAGAUGUGGGACGACGACACUCUCAAGUCUCAGUGGGCAAUCUUGGCCAAGGCUUACACCAUCCUUCGUGAUCACUUCCUUGUCCGCAGACCCUGCCUCAAAGGCUUCGUUGAAAUUUGCGUGCCUCUCAUCGGUCUUGCCAAUGCCCAAGGUUACCUCGACCUGUGCGGCUGGGAAAUCCACUCUGAGGACAACAGUAUGAGCCUGGUGAAGGUUAAAAACUCUACUCUGUCUUCAGUGUUCUUGCCAAACCCUCUGUCCGUCAAGGAGGUUGUUGAGAACUGCUUGGAGGCCGGCUUUGCGGAGGCGCGUGAUGAGGAAUGGCCCAAGCACGUUCUUGAAUGCGGCACGGUCUUUGCUGUGGAGCAGUCUUAUCAGGGAACUGUCCACGAGCCUCAGAACUGGGUUCGGAAGGACGUGCCUCAGUGGCCCAUGGAAGAGUUUGACGUCCAUGAGAUGUACUCUCAAGUGGACGCGCAGGGAUUGCCCGUUGUCUACGAUCCAGCUGAUUUCGCCUUUGACGACGACGCUGAUAUUUUCCCUGGAGACAACGCACCCGAAGCGCCCUUCAACGUUGAUACUGAGUUCCUCGAUGACAUCGAAAUUUCUACUCAGCAGUACUAA